AUGUGCGACUGCGGAGAUAGGAAGGACGAUGACGGCGAUCGGAUUGUCCCGGAAACAGUGACGCUUUUCAGGAAAUGCGGCAAAUCGUCUCGUCCGACGAAAGAUAUAGCCGUACGAUCGAGUAUCGACACGGUUUUCGACAAGGACGACUGGGAUCCAGUCGAUGAUUCGUCGCAAUCUGAUCUUAGAUUUACAGUUUGCGACGGGAUCAAAGGAUCGCCGCCGAACAGCUCGAUCACCUCCAGCAGUUCUUCUAGAACGUACAAUUUCGUUAGCGAAGAAGAAUGCGAGUGUGUUCUCGGAGAACCCGAGGAGGAUGUUUGGCAGCCUCCGAUGGUCUCCUUCGAGCCUUGUAUCUGCGAAGAGGAGGUCGAAGAGGAGCCGGAUAUCGAGUGCACGCUGGCGAUCAUAAAGCCAGAAGCGGUCGUAAACAGAAAGGAGAUCGAACGACGUAUAUUCGAGGAGGGUUUCGAGGUUUCGAGGACGCGUUGGCUACAGCUCACGCCGGAACAGGUUUCCGAGUUUUAUUCGGACAAGUAUGGACAAGUAAAUUUCGCGCAUCUCGUCGCCUAUAUGGCGUCCGGGCCCGUAAUCGUACACGUUUUGGCGAAACAUCGUGGCGUGGAAGAAUGGAGAUCGCUUAUGGGUCCGACCAAGGUUACGGAGGCUCGUUUAUACUAUCCCGACAGUAUAAGAGCGAGAUUCGGAAGAAGAGGCGAGACUUUCAAGAACGCAGUUCAUGGAAGCAGCACUCGAGAAGAGGCCGAAAGAGAGAUUCAUUUCUUCUUUCCCGAAUCCAUAAUCGAGCCACUGCUAAAAAACGAACCAGCGACCGAUUACUUGUGGGAAAUACUAAAUCCCGUCCUCGUGGAAGCUCUAUCCUUGUGUUGCAAAUUGAAACCCGCAGAUCCUGUCCUCUGGCUCGCUAAUUGGCUAAUUUUAAACAACCCUAACAAGCCUAGAUUGCCGCAAGAUCUCGCCAUCGUUCCAACAUGA